AUGAUAGAUAGAUUAUAUAAAAAAAGAACAGUUGUGAGAGCUAUAUAUACAGUGUUGAUAGUAUUGGCAGCAAUAUUAUUCACGACAACACUUUAUAUAGAGACACAGGUGAUUGCAAACUACAAGGAAUCACAUAUCAACAAUGACCGUAACCAACUAAGAUACUCCAAGGUAUUCCGUUCAGUGGUACAAGGAGGUAAAGAGGAAGAAGACCCACAUGGAGAGAAUGGCAAACAAUCACUUCGAUACCGUGCAUCUAUAUUCUCAAACCUCUCAAAGUUCAACCAGCUACACAGCGAGUCAAGACUACAAGAGGGAUUAAAGACAAAGCCACGUAGUGAGAUUGUAGAGACCAUGACCAACUAUCGUCACGUGUUGGGACACUCUUCUCAUCUCGAGUAUCUCAUUAGAGAUGACUACAAUGUCGAAGACCAACGUAGGAUUAUGAAUGGUCAAGAGUAUCCAAUCAUCUACAACUUCAAGUCACCAUUUGAAAACAUUCCGUUUUACAUUGUUGAGGAUAUUGGUCGUAUCAUUAUCCAACCAAAACCAAUCUUUAAAACCAUUCCACUACGCAUAAACAUUCAAGUACCCACUAUGACAUCCAUAUCACAACAUCAAGAUGAUAUUCACGAAAAAGAUAAAGAGGAAUUAGAAAAAAGAACAAAAAGGGAAUUUAAUUUGGCCAACUAUCAAGAACUUGCCAAAGUAAGAGAUUCUUUGCCAAUGAUUGAUCACGGUCUCUUUGAAUAUGUUGGGAAUAGUUCAGACUAUAUUCUCACAUCAUUCUUGGCUGCCAUGUCACCCAAGAUUAGAAAGAGUAUUAUCAUUGUUGGACACAACACCAACUUUGACAAACCCAACAAGAUAUUGGACCAGUUUCUACGUGAAAACAAGGCAUGGGAUCUUGACAAGAACAACUUUUAUGUUCCAGUUGAAAAGGAUCGUGUACCAGACUAUGCAUUCAUUGCAAAGCUCAUAAAGGUACCAUUGUCAUCACCAACCUUUGCAUUGUACCAACAAUUGGAUCGAAUCAAUUGGGGUUAUUCUGAAUUAAAUUGGAUGUAUUCUCAUGCCUCAUCACCAACCAAUCAUCCUCCAACAUGCGAGCAAGGAAAAUAUCUAGUCCACACUCUUGAUGCCUCUGCAUCGUUUGGAUCGAUUGUCAAUUACCUAACAUCUGCCGUCACCCAAUCAAUCCUUCUCAAUCGAGCUCUACUACUUGAUAGUAAACAUUUUAUUUUUGGUCAAUGGUCAAAUACUUUUUUACCAACUACUUUAUGUGAUGAAAAUACAUAUCAUCCAAUAAAUAAUAGUAAUUCUCAAGUGUAUAGAAUUGAAGAUCAAGAUUUGGGAAAGAAAUAUUUAAUGUUUAAUCCUGAUGAUGAAAAGACAGAAAAUUAUCCAAUGCAAUUUGGAUUUAAUAGUUAUUUUGAAUAUGAAGCAGCAGUGUUUAAUUGGCUCUUUAGAUUCAAUGAAAAAGCAAGAUUGGCAUCGACACUUUUGCAAUACAAAUUUUAUCAAGGCAAAAAGGCAUACAUGAACCCACCACAAUGUGUAUCGUUGCACUAUGCCACCUUUUCUCCAAUCGACAACAAAACCAAUUCUUUUAUCAAAGAGAAACAAGUAAAGUUUAAAAAUCUUAAUCAACAAGACUCGAGUACAGACAAUGAGGGUCUUGCAGGACAAACCAUUGAAUUUGUUUCAUUGCCAAAGAUUAUUGACGAUACAUUGGAAGCAUUACAAGUUGUAAAAUCAAUGGAUGAGUUUAAAGAUAUUCCCGUACUCUUUGUAAUGACCAAUCGAAUCGAAUUUCUCAAACAGAUAGCUCCGAUUAUCGACAGAGUCACCAAACGAAUCACUGGAAACAAACAGAAAAUGGGAGAGAAGCUAUUUGACUCUUUAUCGGCACUCGACCACAACAGAGAUAAAAGUAAUUUAGAAAACUUGACAUCUGGAACAAUGACAGAUGCUCAACUAUCUGAACAAGCUAUUAUAUUCUUUACUGAAAUGCAAAUCGCUGCUCAAUGUGAAAUUAUAGUUGGUAGCAAGGAAUCUUCAGUCUCUAGAGCAAUCAAACAAUUAUCAAUAACAAAAUUCAACAGACCAAUGUUUUUCUAUUCAAUAGAUUAA